AUGACCCCUCUCCAAUUCUCCACCAGUUCAUCUUCGUGGCGCCAGUUGCUCUCCAUGGUUUGUAACGUUGCUGCCGUCUGCGACCCCUCCAUUGCUGUUUCUCGAGAUCACAAGCCGGAGCAAACGGACGAGAGACAAAGGAUUGAAAAUGCUGGAACCUGGAGAGUUGGUGGCGUUCUUGCCGUUUCUCAUGCUUUCGGUGAUAGACUUCUGAAACAGAAGAAAAAGUUGAUAGCUCUCUCUACCAGUUUUUUAUUUUUUUCAAUUUGUCUCAAAUGGGAAGCUGUUGCAAUAAUAAAGAAAAUAGAUGAUGCAGAGAAGGCGGCAAAGAAGUUGAUGCAAGAAGCAUAUCAGAGAGGUAGUUCCGACAACACUACUUGUGUUGUGGUUCGUUUCUUGACGAACCAAGGUGCUGCUUCUGGUACUAGCUCCGGCUAA